AUGUGGUCGGAAUAUCAACAGCUUUCAAGUGAAGCCAGUGGUCCCAAGGAAACCCAGGGCCCAGUCAAUCAAACCACCAAGGCUCGGAAAUCGAGGCCAUCGGUGGAUAUUAAUCUAGCACGGGACCUCAAGAAGCUCCAGAAACUGCCGAUAGUCGGACAGGGCCAAGAUCCUGGUGUAGAAAAGGGCGAACAGUCGGAACUGAAACCCACACACAGCCAACAAUCGACACCGCCGAGGCAAGGAGUAGAGGGAAAUAAAGGAGAGGGAUACAAUGGGAUAGAAGAAGGUCACACAGUGUUGGUAAUAUGGAACGGAGAGAGCAUCGAUUGGGCCGGCGAAGAAGAGGAAGAGGAGGCAGAGCCCCAGGUCGACCGCACCACCGGCCGGACCAUGUGCCAGGACCCCCAGCCCUGCCUCCGCUGCCAGAAGAAGGGGCUAAAAUGCACGCUGAUCUUCGCCAGCGCCAACCACGACGAGAAGCAGCCCAAGUGCUCCGCAUGCCGGCGGUCCGACGCGCAGUACUGCGUGCGCCUCCGCCCGGCUAACAGGCGGAUCCCGUACUACGGCCCGCCGUGGAAGAACCCCAACUUCACCACGGGAUCCGCCGUCUCCGACCACCGGCUUAGUAGUGUUGAGAUAGGGGCCCUGCUCAAGGGUUUCUACCUCGGCGAGCAGUCUUAUGUGGGCGGGGGUGGGAGCUACUUGUACCAGGCGUCCGUGGAGGCCAUGGCGCUGCCGCCGUACAAUGGCGUUGAUUUGCCUAUGGAAGAGCGGGCGCGGAAUUGGAAGACGAUGGGGUGGAGGCAUGUCCUGCCGGUGUGGCAUAAUGCGAGUUUGCAGUCUGGCGGGCUGCCUCCUUCGGACCAGGUGGAGUGGACGGCUGCUGAUUCUGUGGAGGAAGGGAGCCCUGUUGAGGCUGCGGAAGAGGCAGGGCGGGAUCAGCUGCAGUACUUGCGUAUUAGGAGGAGGUAUUUUCCCAGGGAGGCUCACCUGAACGAUGAGCUUGGGGAGACUUGGUGA